AUGUCGAUCAUCUGCGGUUUUCCCCUCUUGGAGUGCGUCUACUGCUUGGGCUGCGCCCGCUGGGUGUGGAAGCGGAGCCUCCACACGGGAAACCGCGACAGCGAGACCUGGGGAACGGCCUCAGCGGUGGAAUUCGAACCAGUGCCCCGUCUCUGCCGCUUGAUCAUGGCCAUCUACGAGGAAGACCUCGAGAACCCUUGUCACCCCCCACCCGGCGGCUAUGGCGUCAACCCUAAAUGGGUACUCCGGAGGAGGACCUACGAGGAGACCAGAGGCCGAGCGCCGCCAUAUCUGAUCUAUCUGGACCACCGGAAUUCAGACAUAGUCGUCGCCAUUAGAGGCCUCAACCUGGGGAAGGAGAGCGACUACGCCAUUCUGGUCGACAACCGGCUCGGGAAGAAGCAAAUCUACGGUGGGUAUGUCCAUAACGGGCUUCUGAAGGCGUCGGCUUGGAUUCUCGACGUGGAGGGGGAGAUGUUGAAGGAAUCGUUGGCCGAGUAUCCGGAUUACACGUUGACUUUUGCGGGUCACUCGCUGGGCUCCGGGGUCGCCGCACUGUUGACCAUGCUGGUGGUUCAGAACGGGGAGAGGCUCGGUGAUGUUGAGAGGAAGCGGGUCCGGUGCUUCGCCAUGGCUCCGGCGAGGUGCAUGUCUCUCAGUCUGGCACUCGCCUACGCCGAUGUCAUCUUCUCUGUCGUCCUGCAGGCAAGUAGUCUCCUCUCCUUUUUUUUUUCCCUUCAUUUUCGACACAUCCCGGUGGAUUCUUGUGAGAGAUUUCAAAGCUCUGCAGCGUAGUUCAUGUGGAAUAGAAUGAUGGGUUCACCAUUGAAUCUCAGUUCUUCGUCUGGUUCAAGCUCUGAUGGUGAUUGGUCUCACUCAGGAUGACUUCUUACCGCGGACAGCAACUCCCUUGGAGGAUAUCUUCAAGUCCAUCGUCUGGUAAACCGAGACCCUCCCCCUCUUCUAUCUUCUUCCUGAACCUCAGUGUGCCCCCUCCCUCCUCCCUCCUAGCUGAAGUUCUUGGGGUGCUCUCUGUUUGGGCAGUCUGCCGUGUGUGCUGUGCCUGAAGUGUCUGAGGGACACCUGCGUUCCGGAGGAGAUCAAGUACAAGGACCCCAGGAGGCUCUAUGCGCCUGGUCGGAUAUAUCAUAUCAUCGAGAGGAAGCCCUUCAGGUAGAUAUAUACCUGCGAUUAUCACUUGAAAUCAGGAUGCCCAGAAAAAAAAGAUUCUACCUUAAAUUCUAUUUUCGUUCUAGAAAAUCAUUCCGGUAGCCAUUUUUAGGAUGGUUACGCCGUCCAUCAGAUGCCCACCACGUAAAAAUCUGACCUUUAAUCUGUUGUUCUCGACAAAAUUUAUGCCCUUUGAUAGCUCGAGAUGGUACAUAAUACCCCAGCUGGUGGAAGAAUUCCGACCGGAAUUGGAAAGAAUUUGACCUUCUGAUCCCUUCGUCAAACUGAGUUGGUUGACCCAUGGAGUUCGACGUAGGUGGGGGCGACUGCCGCCGGUGGUCCGGACAGGAGUGCCCGUGGAGGGCAGAUUCGAGCACAUCGUCCCUUCCUGCAACGCCACCUCGGACCACGCCAUUGUCUGGAUAGAGAGACAAUCACAGAAAGCUCUGGAUGUGAGUUUUUCUCGGAAAUUACGCACAGAGAAGCUUCAGAGAUGCCUGGUUUUAACAGCACCUCCUCCUCCUCUUCCUCCUGAGCUCAGCUGAUGCUAGAGGAGGAAAGUGGCGCCGCCAUGGAGAUCCCGCCGGCGCAGAGGAUAGAGCGGCAGGAGACCAUCGUUAGAGACCACAAAGACGAGCAGCGCGCCGCCCUCCGGCGAGCCGUCACGCUGGACGUCCCACACGCCGUCUCCCCCUCGGCAUACGGCACCUUCGACGGCGCCCACGCCGCGGCGGCGGCGCCCGGCAGUGAGAAGAUGAGCUGGCAGGAGCUCAUCCGGCGGGUCAGAGAGAUAGACGGCGACUCUGUUCAUACGUAA